CUCUGAUUGACGGAUCCGCUUCUUUUUAACUUCCACCAAUCAGCGGCGGCGGUGGGCGGGGCCUGAUCGGGAGCAGCUCCGCCAAAUAUUCCCAGUCUGCGUCUCUCUCAGUUACUUCCCAGCCCGGCUUGAGAGCAGCAGCCGAUCAGGCGACAUCCUCCCUACGUGCGGGUCGCUGUGCGGUGCGGUGCGGGAGGACGGAUCUGCGGGACUCUAAUUCUCCGCCUGCGCGCUCGGCUUUCUUUCUUUUCUGUCCUUCUUUCCUCACUUUGGGAGUUUUAUUUUCUUUCUUUUUGGACCUGUUUAGAAUGAGAACCUCCAUCCCAGCUCCUUUGGUUUCUCUCAUCCACACAUCCGCUCAUUUUGUUCAUUUCGACCAUCCGACCUCAUUGUUCCAUUUUUGUGCUGCUGUCACCCACAGUUUGUCGCCCUCCACCUCCACCUCCAGCUCCAGCUGAACGCGGAAUACCUCAGCCUGCUGCUGUUGGAUGUUGGCUCUUUUUACGCAGAGGGAUUUCUAUUUUCUCUGAAGGAUGAUGGAUCUCUAACGCGCUGCGCCCUGAAUGAACCAACCGUGCGCUCUUCUUUUUUCUCAGUUUUUUUUGUGGAGAUGCUCUGAUCGGAGCUUGUUGGGUCCGAAUGCGCUGGAUCGGGAUAUAAUCUGAAGAUCUUUUUGUUUUUCUGUUGUUGUUGUUUUGUUUUCUGCCUGGACACACACGGCUGUUCCCCCUCUGAGACGGAGUGUGCACCGCAUCCAUCCCGGAGGCGCGCGGACUCACCAUGGGGGACUCGAUGUGGAGAUAUUAUUUUGGAGUUUUCUUCCUCGCCUUCGAACUGGACUUGUGUCGGCCGCUCAUUCUGGAGUCCAUCUACUGGAACACGACCAACACCAAAUUUGUUCCGGGCCAAGGCGUGGUUUUGUACCCGCAGAUCGGGGACAAGCUGGACAUUGUGUGCCCGCGCGUGGACGGCGGGGUUGUCGACGGCGUGGAGUUUUACAAGGUGUACAUGGUGCCCAGGGAGCAGCUGGAGAGCUGCACCAUCACCAAGGCCGACACGCCGCUGCUGAACUGCGUGAAGCCCGACCAGGACGUGAAGUUCACGCUGAAGUUCCAGGAGUUCAGCCCCAACCUGUGGGGGCUCGAGUUCUUCAAGGGGAAGGACUACUACAUCAUCUCUACAUCCAAUGGCACCAUGGAGGGCAUCGACAACCAGGAAGGGGGCGUGUGCAAGACCAAGUCCAUGAAGAUAGUCAUGAAAGUGGGGCAGAAUCCGUCUGACCCCGUUUCACCCAUAGACAUUCCCACCAGAACGCCCUACAAGCCCGGGUCGCCGGACGACGACAGGGAGAAAAACGAAGUGCAGCUGACACGAGACAAAUCCAAAUUAGAAGACGGCGGCGGCUCCGGCGGCAGCGGCGGGAAAUCGUCCAGCGCCAUCGGCUCCGAGGUGGCCAUCUUUGUGGGCAUCGCCUCGGGCAGCGUUAUUUUCAUCAUCAUCAUCGUCAUGCUGGUCCUGCUGCUGCUCAAGUACCGGCGGCGGCACCGCAAGCACUCGCCGCAGCACACGGCCACACUGUCGCUCAGCACGCUGGCCACGCCCAAACGCGGCGGCGGCGGUGGCAACAACAACGGCUCGGAGCCCAGCGACAUCAUCAUCCCGCUCAGGACUGCUGACAGCGUCUUCUGCCCGCACUACGAGAAGGUGAGCGGGGACUACGGACACCCCGUCUACAUCGUUCAGGAGAUGCCGCCGCAGAGCCCUGCCAACAUCUACUACAAGGUCUGAGGGCUGGGAAAACGAAAACGCAGAACCCGGACGAGCCCCCGGUCGGAGCGAAACGAACCGCCCCGCUCUUCCUCUCUGUCGACUCCUCCUCCUCCUCUCUUCUGAUGUUUCGUCACUAGUCGUUUCCUCUUUGAGUUUUUGCCCUUCGCUCUGGGUCGGUCACAGCCGGCGCAGACGAUGGGGACGAGUAGCGAAGCCGGCGUCGCUUGCCAGGAAGCGGAACGGACAGCCUCUUCUUCGUUUUCGUCCACCGGGGUUAAGUGAGUGGGAUGGAUGGAUUUACGGAUGUGAAAGUUUCUGGAAGUGUGAGAAAAAGACAGACUGCUGUUUUGGAAACAGAGACUUUAACAAUGGGAGAAAAAGCAGGAAGUGGGCGGAGCUUGAACUCAGCUGAGCGGAUUUACCAGCGGGAUGCAGAGAGAUUCCCACGUCGGACCUUUUGUGGGUCUUUCACCCACUCACCUGUCCACCCACAUGACUACCAUCACACAAACACUCACCUGUGCACAGAAACAGACUCACUGGUCAAUGUGACGUGUUGUCGAUCACAGCAUCUCUCCUCAUCCUCAGCUCGGUCUUAUUUCGCGUUUUACUUGAAGGUUUAGAGAAAAAAAACAUGAUUGAGUCUUUGUUUAGUUCCACAUUUACUGGUUUUGUUCAUAUCUGUUUUUUAUGCUUUUACGACGGCGCAUCAGGGCCACUUUGGGUAGAAAAAAAGGAGUAAAUUUCUGCCAAAAAAAUCAUAGAUUAAUGUCUGAAAAAAUCUAAAAAAUUUCAGAGUUUCAAAAUUCAAAAUAUUGCAAUAAAAAUAAAUUUUGAAAUUAAUUUCUGAAAUUUUCUGGAAAGGACUUGGAAUAUUUUGAGCUCAGUCAUAAAUUUGUGAGGAAGAGAAUAAUCUCAGAAAUUUUGUAGAUUAAACAAGGAAAUUCUCUUCAAAUUUACAAAACAAAACAAAAAAUCAGAGAUUCUGAGAUUAAUCUCAGAAAUUGUAUAGAAAAAACAUAGAAUUUUCUGAAAUCCAAAAGUUGAAUUAUUGUGAUAAAAAACUCAGAAAAUUUUAUAUUAAUGUAAGAAAAUGUCUAGAAAAAUCUGAACAUUUCUGAGCUCAAAAAAAUUUACAUUUUCAGAAAAUUUCCAAAACUCAAACAUACUUGACUUUUGUGAGCUCAGAAAAAUGAUAUAUUUUUUCUAGAACAUUUCUGUGAUUAAUCUCAAAAUUUCUGAGACUUUUUGUUGAAACAUGGAAAUGUCUGUGCUCGAAAAAUUUUAACUUUCAACAUUUAAAAAUGUGAAAAUUUCCAAAAGUCAAACAAUGUCAACUUUACAAGCUCACAAAAUCUUCAAGCUUUUUAAAGAUUAUUCUCAAAAUUUCUGAGCUUUUUUCUCACAAAUUUUAAACUUUUGGACCUAAGAAUUGUCCAGGUUUUCUGUAGAAAAUGUUGGAGAUUAAACUAAAGAUUUCUGAGUUUUUACUCUUGCAAAUGUUCAAUUUAUUGAGCUCAAAAUUGUCCAAGUUAUUUCUUGAAAAUGUCUUACAUUAAGUUUCUCUUCUCACAAAUUUUCAACACUUUUAGCUCAGGAAAUUAUUGAGAUUAAUCUCACAAUUUCAGAUUUUUUUUUGCAGAAACUUCCUCCUCCUUUGUUUUAUUUUCCGUCUACAGCGGCCCUGCUGCGACGCCGUAAUCCUCUGGAAUAGUUCGAGUGCAGAUAGCGUUUUCUUUCCCUUUCCCCGAUGUGUCAUUGACGCUCACGCGUGGCAGCAGCUCAGUUGAAAACAGGAGGAGGUGGAGGACUUUUCUCUUGCAUAGCGCAGCACUUUUGACCCCUCCUUUUUUUACGUUCGUCCCUCCACUCUCCUCCGCCGGAGAGAGACGCGGCGACGUCCGGAGAUGGGAGAGCGGCCGUGACGCGUCAGGGCCGCCACGGGGGCAAUAAGAAAUCCAGUUCGCCUUACUGCUGUAAGACCUGGUGGGGGUCAGAGCGAAGCAGUUCUAGGUACUGUAACGGAUCCCUCAGGGGUCCGGUGAUGACUAAGGGUACCCUAAGGGCCCAAAAUUCAGCCUGGCCGGUGCUCUCCUAUUCUUUUCUGUAAAGCACAGGAACAUCAGCUUAAACUUUCACUGUUUUCAGUCUCCAUUAGCAUUUCCUUCCUGUGAGUUUUCAGUUCUUUUUUUUAUUUUUUACAUCCAAUAGAUGUACAUUUAAAAGAGAAAAAAGGACAUUAAAAGAUGAAAAAAAAUACAAAAAUAAGAUGAUAAAAUUUAUUUAUGAUAGACACAGAGCACAGGUGUUGUCAGGUGGAGUGCAGAGGAAGAAACUAAUUUUAAUAUAUAAGUGGUAUAAGUGCACAUUAUGCAAUCUAGGUUUUGAUUAUUUGAUAUCUGGACGGUUCGGGUCCCGGCUCCGUCUGCGAGUUAUCCCAACCCAAAAUAAGGUGCAGAGUAGCCGUUUGUCCCAAAGGAAAGUUCCCAGUGUGCCCGAUUCUCCUCAUACACACCCUCCAUGUUCCCCAUGCAUGUGUGUGUUCGUGUGUGUGUGUGUGUGUGUGUGUGUGUGUAUCAGUGGCUUCAUGCAGCAUCUCAGCAGUGACUUAGGCCUCUCCCUGAGCAUUUAUCAGCCCAUUCUUCGCAUCUCCAUCGAUUCAUGAGCAUCAAAUUUCACCGAAAAAGCCAAGCCUUGUAUUAUCUGAGGUUUGUGCCUCUGAGAGGCUACAAAAUCUGCAAAUAUGCAAUUCUUAUUUAUUUUUUUAAUCAAUUCUAAAAGAAAAAAGUGUUCUUAACCACUGAAAGAUGUAACAACAAACCAACUUAACAAAAUGAGUCUGUCUGUUUUUUUUUGUUUUUGUUUUUUUUUUUUUACUUUUUUUUUUUUUUUCAGUUUUUACUGCAAAAACAACAAAACUUACCGGGUAUUUUGGUCAAGUUUUUAUUGCAAAAUCUUAGUACAAUUGAAAUAAGAGAAAACUAACUUAAAAUGAACUUUCUAGCAUGAUACAGGAGCUUGUUUUAAAUGAAUAAUUCCUUAAUAUCGAUGAAAACAUUAAUAGAUCCACCGGCAGAUUUUUUCAUUUGGGAAAAAUUUCUUACUAUAAAUAAAAUAAUCCUGACUUAAGACUAGGGUGGUAGCUUAUAACUAUUUUAGUAAUAAAUUAUUCUGGCGAUUAAUUCAUUAUUCUGCGAUUAAUCGAUUAGUCUGGUGAUUAAUCAAUUAUUCUGACGAUUAAUCAGAUUGGUACAUUCUGCAAAUUUUCAUUAAAAUACUUAAGCCUGUUUUUCACAUGAUAUUAGAAGUUCAUUAAAAGAAUCAAAUGAGCAAAUAAUUAAAUUACUUUUUAAAUUAAAAAAAUAAAAAUAGUGUUGCCUAAAAUGCAGAAGCAGUAUUUCUUUAGUGUUGAUUGUUUGUAGCAAAAGAUGCAUCUGCAGCUAAAAAAAGUACUGCAUACCAAUCUGUUGAUUAUUUUCUAUAUUAAUAAUUUAAUAGUAAAAAAUGUUUAAUUGGAGAUCUUUUUACAUAAUUUAAACAGAUGAAGCUAAAAAGGCUAUUUGAUUUCUAUGUAGAAUGUAUUUAGAGAUAAAGAAGGUUUUUCAUCUUAAAUGCUAAAUGUAUAUAUUUUUUGUACAGUUUAGAUUUAAUAACUGCAAUGACUGUUUUAUCCUUUCAGCAAAAGGCCUUUUUUAAAUCCGUACGCUCCAUUUGACGAUUAAUCGAUCAUUUUAACAAUCGAUUAAUCACAAUUGAUUCGAUUAAUCGUUUCAGGUCUACUUAAAACAAGCUCCUAUUUCUUGCAGAAAAGUUAUUUGUAAGUUAUUUUUGUCUUAUUCCAAACGUACUCAGAGGUUUCCAGUAGAAACUAGACAAAAGUAAUCGUAAUAAUUUGUUUUUGCAGUGUUGACUACAUGCCGUAGUGCAAACUGUGAAGAACAAAACCAUGACAAAGCAUCAGUAACAGAACCUGGACAGGUAUUUAGAGGUGGAGGAAAAGCUAAAAACAAAAAAAAAAGACAAACACAAAGAAGAAUGGCUUUUUAGUUGCUUUCUGUCUGCGGCAGAAUCUGACAAUCUCCUUAGUUUCUUUGAAUCUGGCGUCCUUUUCUCAGCCGCCGCUCGGCUGCAGCUCUGCGGCGUCUGAAACGUUGUAGCGGCGCCGCGGCGGUCUGCAGGCGGCGGCCUGGGGGAAGCACCUCAGGCGACUGUAAAAUGCCUUGCUCGUAUGGUCAGCCCUUGGUCACUUGACUCAGUAAAUUUGCACCGUACUUCUGUAGGUAAGAACCUGUAAAUACAUUAAUGUUUGUAUUGUAUAUGGAUCCUGGGUUGUUACAAUAGCCUUAUUCACCUUUGUAGGAAAGUAAAUGAAAAAAAAGAAAAAGUGGAUUACACUUCAGUAAAACAGAGCAUACUACUUUUUUGGUAAAUAGCUUAUGUAAAUAUUGACCAGAACCCAAUAAAAAACAUUUUUUAUAAACUCUUAAAGUAAGAUGUUUUGUAUAAAAUUUGAAUUUUUUGCUAUGUAUUUUAGCUAGCGCUCUAUGGAAAGCCCGUGUCCUCCCCACUUCCUCCCGUUUUGCACUGUUUCCAUGGUAAUUUGGUUUUAAAAAAAGAAAAAAAGAGAAAAGUUGCCAAACCGACUGCUGCAUAUUUGUGCCAUAAUUGUGUACCAUAAAUAUUUAUUAAAUUAGUUUGUUUUCUCUCUUUCUCUCAUGUUCCGUUGAUGGUUUUAUUUCAGUCCAGUUUGUAAGUAACAGUAUUAUAUUUGCAUCGUUUAUCGUCUGCCCUGUUUUAUUUUGUCGUGUCACGGUUACAGCUCCCUCGUUCCUCGCAGUGUCAGAUGGCCCAGAUUGUGACAAAGAUUAAAAAAGAAAAAGUGAAAAGACAUUUUGAAAUUCAGAAUUUUAAAUUAAUUUCGAAGAGGAUAAAUGACACACAUUCCACCAGUCUGUUACAAACUGAAAAUGUUUUUCAAUAAAAUGUUUUUCCUAUGGA